CUUAAGCGUUCUGAGCAUUACGCCUUAAGUCAAUUACUCGCAAGCGUUGAGGAAAAAGUUGAGGAUUCGAUUUCCAUGGAUGUGCGAAAGUCGCUGUGCGAUAUUGCAGGCGCCUGAUGCGAAAUAUUUCUGCAACCCAUGCGUGCGGAAAUCUCAAAAAAUUUUCGCCCGCCUGCGGCGGGCCAUCAAAUCGCCCCCAUCCCUGUUUCGCCUAGGACUGCGAUGGGGCUGCGGGCUCAUUCCGAGAGUCGAAUUCUUUAGGGGAGGCUCCCUCAGUAAUUCUGAUUGUGACGCUGCUUUUAACCUUGAGCAACGUACUUUACCAGCUGCCAUUAGCAUAGACCCGACCUGUGACAAUGAGCUUCGGAGGUCUGCCCGGUGCGCCUGGAGGCAAGAUGGAUGAUCAUGCGAUUAUGGAUCAGGUCAAGUCACAACUGCAAAUGCAGAUGGUUCAGGAGUUCUACCAGACUGUGCGCGACAAGUGCUUCAAGGCGUGCCUCAGCAACCCAGGCAGUAGCCUCAGCAGCAACGAUCAAAAGUGCCUCAACCGGUGCAUGGACCGGUACCAGGACGCAACAAACGUUAUCACAAAGGUGGUCCUCAACCAGUAAAGCGGGGCAUCAAAAGCUGGCGGGAUCAUGCAGGCGUCGUACCCGUCACCGUGGAUCAGCGGUCGUGCGGAGCUUGCAGCUGGUGGUUGCAGCCAUAACAUGUAGCAGCUGCAACGGCGGAAGGCGACACAGGGGCGCUGCGCUCAUGCUGCCUCGUCGGUGAGCAGCACGGCCAGCACGGAGGGCUUGUCGCCGGCGCCGGAUUUGAGGAUUCCCAGGGCGUUGUCCAGUACUAACUUGAACGAGGUGUCCUCGUGCAGCGAGUGCCGCACAGCGCACAGCGUCACAAAGAACUCCUGUGUGUGUGGUUGGGCGUGUGGCAUAGGGCGCGGGUGUUGUGUUGAGGGAUGGAUGUCAUUGAGAGACGAGGCAGGAUGAUCGCGGAUUUGGGUGUGUGGACGAUGUCGGGCGCUGGCGUGCAGCAGGCCGGAACGGGGGCCACGGGAGCUGCAAGAGCCGCACGCUGGCAGGCGAGGUAAGACAACAAUGGACUUUGCACGCACGGUUCGCACGGGACGCCGAAGCCAAGCAUGGUGAGCAUGGUCAGGUAGCUCCGUGCAUGGUUCUAGGACGUCUAAUAUGUGAACGUCGGUGCACAUAACCCACCUGUUCUGAGAUCUUGUGGUCGCCGUUCUGUGGGGAGUGACGAUUUCGGCCAGGAGUAGGCGGUGAUAUGGUCAGAGGACGGAGCAGAGUCGUCAGGCGCGCGACAGGCACAAGACAUGCAAAGGCUCGGGCGAUAUGACAUGACCAAUUGGGCUAUGGCGUGUGAUUUCAUGGUGCUUGCGUGUACGCGCAUGUAGCAGAGUUAGGCAGAUGUCGGCGGCAUGAAUGGGCAAAGGAUGCAGCUGGGGCUGGCCGUGUAAAGGUCGCCCAUG